UAAUUUACACGAACAAUUAAAAAAUGCAUUAGGAGGAGGAGGAGGAGGAGGAAUAUCAAAUCAAAAUAUUAAUAUUGAAUAUUCAAUUGAUUUCGGAAAAACUUGGCAUUUUUUAUUACAACCAUGUUUUCGUGGUUCAGCUUGUUCACAUAAUGUACAACAUGUUUAUUCUUCAAGUAUUAUAUUACCAACAUCUGGAUGGUAUCGUAUAACAUUACCAUUACCAAUAGCAACAUUACAACAAGAAUAUAUACGUUUUCGUAUAACUACUCCAUUGUUUGCUAUGUCAGUUUAUUCUACAAGUAAUUCUUGGGCUAUUGAUGAAGUUUUUAUUGGACGAUGUCCUCGAGUAUGUAGUGGACAUGGAUGGUGUCAAUUAAAUUCAUGCAGAUGUGAUACUGGUUUCUCGGGCAAAUUUUGUGAAAUAAGCAAUACAACAUUAUUCAAUCGAGCAUCAUUUCUAAUGGAUAAUAAUGAUAAUCAAACAGAUCUAAUGACUUAUCACGGCGGCCAACUUAGUUAUAAAUGUGAUAUAAUCUCACAAGGCAAAGCAUUAGUAUUUUCAAAAUCUGGCUUUCGAUAUUUACGAAUAUCAAAUAUAAAUGGUAGUUCACCAAAAUUACUUGAAUUUACACUUCGUCUUGGUAAUACAAAUGCACAAUGUUUUGGAACAAGUAUAAACGAUCUUGAUCGUGAUUUAAAAUCGGUUUUAUUAUUAUCAUCAUGUUCAAAUGGUGUUCAUUGGACUAUAAUUGAUCAUUUUCGUAUAUCAGAUAUUCUUGCUCGAGAUUUUCGGUUUAGUUUUAUUAUUUAUUUGAUUACAAAUUAUUGA